AGAUAGACUUUCUUCUUCUUCUUACAUUAUAGCUGCUGUUAAUUACUUGUUUAGCUUAAUUUGAAACCGAAAGAAAGAAUGUCAUCUAGUGAUAUUAUUGAAAUGAAAGAAGAAGAAGAAGAAGAAGGGGCAUCAGCAUCAGCAUCAGCAUCAUCAGCACCAGCACUUUAUGGGGACGUACUAGAAUCCAUCCUUUCGAAUGUCCCCUUGGUCCAUCUGGCAUCGGCGUCCCUGGUAUCAACGGAAUGGAAGGAGGCGGUGUGGUGGUCUCUCCGGCACCUGAAUCCGGCGAAGCCAUGGCUGUUUAUGCACGGGCAAGGAACCCGAACCCCUUACUCCACCUCCACCCGUGCCUACGACUCCCGCUCCCCCCAAGCCUGGAUGCAAAUCCAGCGCCCUUCAAUCAAGCACGUCUCCACCCUCCGAUCAGCCCACUCCGGCCUCCUCUACAUGCUCUCUCCCUCCAGGCUUUCCUUCUCUUCCGACCCCUUCCACCUCACCUGGCACCACGCCGACUCUCCCUUCGUCUGGAGGACCGACCCCAUCGUCGCCCUCCUCGGCACCAAGCUAAUCGUCGCCGGCGGCGGAUGCGACUUCGAGGACGACCCUCUCGCCGUCGAGAUUUACGACCUUACCACUCAGACAUGGGGCUCCUGCGAAUUCAUGCCUGCCGUCUUGAAAGACUCCUCUGCCUCCACCUGCCUCUCCGUGGCCACCGACGGACGCCUCAUGUUCGUCGUCCAGAGACAAUUCGGCAUCAUGCACACCUUCGAUCCCGAAUCAAAUAUCUGGACAGGCCCAUUUGAUCUAUUCCUCCGACCACCACCACCACCACCACCAACCGAUCAUCAUCAAACAGUACCAGUACUACUCUUCUGCUCACUAAUUUAUUCUUCUUCGUCGUCUUCUUCAAAUGGGCGUUUGAUCCUAAUCGGCCUCAUCGAUGGUGGUGGUGGUGAAGGUGAAAAGGACGCCGGCGGCGGCAAAGCUUUAAAACUUUGGUCAGUCGAUCCAGAGAGUCUAGAGAAGGAGGAAAUUGGAGAGAUGCCCAAGGAAAUGUUGGAGGAGAUGUUGUCAAGAAAGAAAGAGGGUUUGUUGGAGAUGUCUUCAAUUGGGGCAUCUUGUGCGGGGAAUUGGGUGUACAUAUAUUAUAAUACUUCUUCUUCUUCUUCAACAACAGAAAUAUACGUUUGUGAGAUGUUGGUAAAAAAGGAGGGAGGAGGAUGCCGGUGGAGAAGAGAAGAGAUUCCAUCAUCAUUAUCAUCAUUAUCUUCAUCAUCAUCGGAGAAGGAUGAGAGAAGAACAUCAUCAUCCUCAAUGGAAAGAGUUGUUUUUACGUGCUCACAAGUUACCUUUGACGACAUCAACAACGCUCUCCGCUCCACCCCCAAUUGGAAAUGCUCGCCAAUUCCACUUGCUUAUUCUUAAUUAAUUAAUUAAUUAAUUAUCAUCAUCAAUUAUAUUCAAAUC